AUAGUCAGUAUAGUGGAAUGCUAUUGGCCAGUGAGUUUGUCAAUCAAUGUAGAAGCGGCAUACGCAUAGCAAUAAUGGCCGAUGCUCAAGUCGCCAUGGCUAAUCAGCGCUGUCAGGAGAAAACACCCGUCCAGAUCCUGCAUGAAUAUGGCAUUAAAAUGGGCAGUGCGCCUGUGUACGAGCUCAUCCAGGCUCAGGCUGACGGAGACACUCACCAGCCCUCCUUCAUGUUCAGUGUCACCAUAGGAGACAUCACAUGCAAAGGUCUUGGAUCCACUAAAAAGGCUGCUAAACAUGAAGCUGCAGAAGCCGCCUUGAAAUUAUUGAAACGAGACACCCAGCCAAAUGAUCGGAGAGAUGGUCUUUCUCCUGAAGCCGGUGAAUACAAUCCUGUAGGAGUCCUGCAGGAGCUGGCAAUGCAGAGAGUGUGGUGUCUGCCGGAGUAUGUGGUGUGUAUGGAGACAGGGCCGGAUCACAUGAAGGAGUUCACCGUUACCUGUCGUCUGGAAGGAUUGGAGGAGUCAGGCACCGGCAGCUCCAAAAAGCUGGCCAGACGCGCAGCAGCCGAACGCAUGCUGGGGAAACUACAGAGUUUGUCCGGAUCUCCCGAGAUCACGUGGAGCCCACCUUCUCGCGUGUAUGUGGAAAGCUUACGGCAGGCCACAGGGGAGAAGAUUUCCCUCCUGAGGAGGACGCCGCUCAGCAUCCCGAACACAGACUACAUUCAGAUGCUGCUGGAGAUCUCACUGGAGCUGGGCUUUCAGGUCACAUACAUAGACAUCGAUGAGCUGACAGUGAACGGCCAGUACCAGUGUUUGAUGGAACUGUCCACCAGGCCGGUGACGGUGUGCCAUGGCACAGGGAUGACCAGCAGUAACGCCCACAACACCGCAGCACAUAACGCCCUGCAGUACAUCAAGAUGGUCGCAAGUAAACUCUAACAGCAGGUCUGGGAUCAGUGUGCACAUGAAUUCUGACCUGCAUAGCAACUGACUCCGAGCCUGUUUCACACAGCACACACAAGCACUGCAACCAAUGACGCAUUCUGCUGUAAGGGACCCGACACUCUGCAGAAAAUAAAUGAAAUUCUGGAUUACAACACUGAGUUUAUUCUUGGUUGUUGCAAAGCGCUACAUUUACAUCCAAAUUUACAGUGAACCUCAAACUGGAGUAAGUCAGAUGUACUUGUUUUUUUGUUUGUCACUACAUGAAACCUGACUGAAAUACUCUAAUAGUUUUUUUUUUUAAUUGCUUACACCCUCAAAGUUAUAUAUGAGGCACACCAUUCGCUCAUAUACCAUAUCUUCAGACCAAGUCACAAUCAAAAUAAAAAAAAUUAUCACAAACAUUUGCAUUUCUGCUUACAGUACUUUGUAAAUAUAUUCUGAAUAUGCAUACAUAACUUUAUUUCUAAUGCUUUAUACAGCACAGAUUGUUUCAAAGCAGUAGUAACAAAUUCAAACAAGCCAAUCGUGUCAUUAUACAGCUCAAGUUAGUUCAGUGUUGAUUCAGUCCAGUUCAAUAACUAAUGCUCAUCAGUUGUGCAUACUGUAUUUACAGUGUAUUUU